GACCUUAGUCUGUCAGUGUGUUGUGUGAGUCAGUGCGCUGCGUUAAAAGUUUGGGGAAACACCAAAAUGAUUACUCGGCCGCAAUUGCCGCAUUACUUCUUAGACUUUCUCGUUACCUUUACCGCUUGCUGGGAGCCGUGAGCUGCUAGUCAUGAAGGAAGAAGUCUACUGAUAAGUCUGUUCGAUAGACGUUUUCAACAUCCGGUGAAGGCACAAUUAACCACAAUUUAGAACAGUGUUGAUAUUGUUUUGCAGCUCUCUGUGAAGGCAGACCAACUGUACAUCGCUAAGAUGGGAUUCAAAAAUGAAGAAAUCACAAAGGAGACAAUUUCAAAAAAGAAAAUGACAUCCUACAACACAAACCUGCUUCUUUGGAGGAUGACGGAGCAUGAGCAAUGUCGUUGGCAUAAUGAUGAAUUAAAAGCUCUUUACAAAUCUGCGGUUGUACCCUUUGGCUACAAAUUUCCUGUUCACCGCAUCAUUGCAAAUCUCUUCUACAAAUCGCUCUUGGUUGCUGACAAAAAUAGCGAUGAAGAUUGCAAAUUUGCUAUGAACAAAAACAAAAUUAAACUCUGCAUUGCAAACUCCAACCAAGUAUGGCCUCCUCGUCUUAGCAAGUCAGCUAAGGAGGCUCGCCCAGGCACUGGAGGGCUGAGCAAAGAGAAGCUAGUCAUGCGAGAAGCAUCUGCAGCAACAAAGAAGCCUAAAUCUUCAAAGAAAAAUAGGAAGAAGGCAAAUAUUCAUGCGGCUCUGCGAGAAAAUGGCCUCCUUCCCAACAGCAGGCACGAAUGGAGUGUGCCAAGCCAGGUCCUGAAAGAAAACAGGAAAACAUUUCUUGACCAGCGGCAUACAAUUCAUCGCAGAAACAAGACUAGCAUUGACUUGACACCGACCCAGGAGAUUGACAUAUUAUGCUGUGAUGUCUGCAAUGCGCCCUUCGACAACAUCAACGAACUCAAUGAGCACAAUGAAACCGGUCGGCACAAGUUCAUGGUUCUCUAUUCUCAAUGCAGCGACCAAGACAAUUCUGACAAACCACCACUUGAGUUGAGUGGAGAACUCAAUUCCAUCACAAUUCAAAGCAAUGCUGGCAGUGAAGGUUCAGGUGCUCUCUGUCAAGAAUUCAUUCUGCACAAAGAUGGGAUUGUGAAAGAAAGUAUUGGUUUGGAUGUGCUUUACAACCCUAAAAUUGGGAACCAGGGCAGCUGCGUUCUGGUGGAAACACACAUCAUCAUUGGAGAUGGCAAGAUCUUGAGAGAAGAAAACCAAAGUCCAUUGAAACUUGAGCCUAAUACUGCAGGACAGAAAGUGUUUCUUCUUGAGUGCAAAUAUCCGACAUUUCUGGAUUAUGUGGUUGCUUUCAAAUUCUACUUAGUAUCUAAAGGAGAUUCUCAAGUUACCCAGGAGUUAUUUGUCAUGAAGCAAAUGAACAUUAAGAUCGACUACUGCUUCACUGCAGUUGAACCAGGUGACAAGAGGUUGAAAACGCAAGAGUUCCACAUGGAUGACAAGAAGGAUUACAACAUCAUCGAACCGCACAUUGUUGAAGUGGCACCGGUAGAGCUGCCAAAGACAAGUUUGGAUCUUGUGAGAAGACUGGGGGACUACCCAUUGCCCUGGAAAUUGAUCAGACAAUUCAAUUAUGGAUUCUCUGUUGGACCUGACCCGUAUCUUGCGUCACUGGAAAGGACACUCUCCACACUAAAUUGUUUACUUGAUGGCUCUGUGCCUUUUAACUACAAACGCUUGUUCCAACUCCUGUUGUUUCUUGAAGAACACCAGAUUCUAUGCAACUUGCGCAAGUAUGCUCUACAGUCUGCUACUCUAAGAGAAGUGCCACUAACAUUUGACUUCUAUUUGGAGGUUCCUGGGCUUGCCGAGAACCGCCCCUCUGUCCUUCCAGGUGAUGCAAUUUACAUCACGACAGAGGCUGGGAUCUUCAAAGGAUUUGUCAAGUGGGUGAAACAGACUGAAUUGAGAUUCACCAUGGGAACUAGCUUUGUCAAUAACUUCUACCCUGACAUGCUGGUUGCAGUACACUUCUCCUUCAAUAGAUCAUGCUUGAGAGUUCAACACAGAGCAAUUGAACUCAUGGACAAUAGUCCAACAAUGAUGAACACGCUUUACCCUAAUUCCUUUGGCAAGCACAAAACUGAAAUCAAAAUCAAGACCUGGUACAACCCAAGGAUUAAGGACAAUCCAAUGCAACUUCAAGCAGUUCAAAACAUUGUGAAUGGCUCAUCAAUGCCAGCUCCGUACUUGCUGUUUGGGCCCCCAGGCACUGGGAAAACUGUGACCCUAGUCGAGUGCAUCAAGCAGAUUUGUGCUCUGAAAGAAGGCUCCCACAUCUUGGCAGCUGCUCCUUCUAAUGCUGCUGCAGACCUGAUUGCGAUGAAACUCUUGGAUAACACCUCUGUCCCUCCGAGAGGCUUGAUUCGAAUUUACAGCCCCAGCGUGAACUACUCCAGAGUUCCUGCUGAACUGAAACAUGUGUGUAACUUCAAGUCUAAAUACAUCAAUUACUUCCCUGAUCGUGAACACUUGAUGAAGUAUAAAGUGAUUGUUGUCACUAUGAUUUGUGCUGGAAGAUUCUUCAGUGGGAACUUUCCUCAAGGACAUUUCACCCACAUUUUCAUAGAUGAGUGUGGGCAUGGAAUGGAGCCAAGUGCAUUAGUCCCUAUUGCUGGCCUGCAAGGACCAGUUAGCAAACCAAGUCAGAUCGUGCUCUCUGGGGAUCCGAAGCAGCUGGGACCCAUUAUUCAAUCCCCGAUGGCAAAUGCAUUUGGCCUUGGAGAUUCGCUGCUAGUAAGGCUGAUGGAGACUGAACUUUACAGAAAGGAUGUGACUGGUUACAAUGCUAAUGUGCUCACCAAGUUGACCUACAACUAUCGAUCCCAUCCACACAUUUUGAAAGUUCCAAACGAGCUCUUCUACGAUGGCGAAUUAAUUCCUUGUGGUGAUUUGGAGAUCAUUUCUUCUGCUUGCAAACUGAAGUGGCUCCCGCGGCCAAAUUUCCCCUUGAUCUUCCAUGGUUUGAAGGGACGAGAUGAACAACAUCCAAACUCUCCCAGCUAUUUCAACCGCGGAGAAGCGCAUGAAGUCCUUCAGUACGUGAGGAAAGUCCUUACCUCUGAUUUCAAUGGCAAAUUCCUCAAGCAAGGUGAAAUUGGCGUUGUGAGUCCAUACCGAGGACAACUCAACAAAAUCAGGAGAAUUCUCGAGGACAACGGCUUUGGUGAUGUCAGCGUUGGAUCUGUCGAAGAAUUCCAAGGUCAGGAGAGGCGUGUCAUCAUUAUAUCAACUGUGAGGUCAAACCCUGCCAAACUUCAGCUUGACCACAAGUUCAGCCUUGGAUUUGUCAGAGAACCAAAGAGGUUCAAUGUUGCUGUGACAAGAGCCAGUGCUCUGUUGAUUGUGAUUGGAAAUCCACACAUACUACAGGAAGAUCCAAAUUGGCGUAGCCUUUUGGAGUUCAUCUUUGAGAAUGGUGGCUACACUCACACAGACUGCCCAUUCAAAUUGGGAAAAAUGACUCCACUCCAAAGUCAAGGUGGGCUUGGAGCCGCUACAAUCAAUAAAUCGAUUUGGGAGCAAAAGUUGAAGGUCGAAGAAGCGAUCUUGAAGAUGGAAGAAGAGGAAAAAGAACGCUAUUCCUAUGAGCAGAAGCCACUGACAUGUGACACGGAGACUGAAAAUCUGGUCAGAGAUAUCAACAGACUAGUACUAACUCCUAACAUUUUCUCAGAUCGAUGCUAAGCCGAUUUUAUUUUGGCUAAUGAAGAUGUCAAUACAGUAGAGUGCUCAACGGUGCGUUGCAGUAUCAAUUAUUCCUGUGUCAUUAUUUGUUUUGCACAAACGGUUAUUUGAUGAAAUUUAUUUGUUUCUGGGUCUACAUAUUUAUGACGAUUUUUGUUACCUUCUCUUAGUUUAGUAUUUCCCAUUGAGCCACAAAAUAGGCUAUCUAUCUUUUGACACUACUUUUUAAAGAAGUCCAGCUCGUUGAAUUUUCUGAAGUGUUGUUACACCGUGCCUUUCACUGUUCAUUGUCUCAAUUGUGAGCAUCAUAACCUGUUUGUGGAUCAAGAAAAAUAUUUUCUAUAAUUGCUAUAUCUAUAAAGCAAGUAAGCUAUUUUAAUGUGACCAUAAUGAACAUUCUAAAUAAAGGAGCUAAAAUGAAAUAAUGUGAUAACAUAAAGCUAU